AUGAGCUCAUCGGAAGACGACAUCCCUCUUAGCCAGGUGCAUGACGACUCUGGCGAUGAGAUGCCCUUGGCCAAACGUCACCAGAAACGGCCGACGCCACCGUACACCAACUCCGAAGAUGAGGAUGAGGUGGUGCCGACCAAGCGACGCAAGACGAUAAAGCGGGAGCCGGGCGUGAACGACUCCGACUCCGACGACGAGCCGUUGUCGAAAGUGAAAGACAUGGACGUUGAUUCCGAAGACGACAUGCCUCUAAGCAAAAAGGCUCCCAAAACCAAGGCGAAGAAGGAAACGGCCAAGUCCACCCCAAAGACGAAACUGGCUCCGAAAAAGGAGAAACUGACCACUAAGAAGGAAAAGCUGACCACCACUAAACUGAAAGCUACCGAUAAAUCAGCGCUGACGAAGAAAGCGGCAGUGAAAAAGGAACCUAAGGCGACUAAGGUAAAAAAGGAAGCUACCCCUAACGGGUUGGUCAAAGACGAGACUCCGGCCACUCCUAAUACUCAAAGCACUAAUGAAGAAGAGGAAGAAGAGAAGUACAAGUGGUGGGAAGCCGGUGACCUUGACGGUGAGGUCAAGUGGGAUAGCUUACACCAUAACGGGGUGGUGUUCCCGCCUCCCUACGAGCCGUUGCCGAAGCAUGUCAAGUUAUACUACGACGGCAAACCGGUGCUGUUGCCAAUUGAGGCCGAGGAAGUGGCUGGGUUUUUCGGGGCCAUGAUUAAUACUGACCACGCCCAGAACCCCGUGUUCCAAAAGAACUUCUUCAAUGACUUCAAAGAGGUGCUUGAGGAAGCUGGCGGGUGUGACGUAGAUAUCACCGACUUUGAUAAGAUGGACUUUACCAAGAUUUUCAACCACUACGACCAAGAACGGGAACGGAAGAAGGCGAUGACUCGUGACGAGAAGAAACGGCUCAAGGAAGAAAAGGAAAAGUUUGAAGAACCUUACAAGUACUGUAUGUUGAACGGUCGUAAGGAAAUGGUGGGUAACUUCCGCAUUGAACCCCCUGGUUUAUUCCGUGGUCGUGGGGCUCACCCCAAGACCGGUAAGCUUAAGCGCCGGGUGAUGCCUGAACAAGUGACCCUCAACAUGUCCAAGGACUGUCCCGUACCGCCACCUCCCCCUGGUCACGAAUGGGGUGAAGUACGUCAUGAUAACACCGUCACCUGGUUGGCGAUGUGGAAAGAAAAUAUCGCCGACAAUCAGAAAUACGUCAGAUUUGCUGCUAACUCUUCAGUGAAGGGGCAGCUGGACUUUAAAAAGUUUGAAACCGCUCGUAAUCUUAAGAACCACAUCGAAGACAUUCGCAAGGACUAUACCAAAAUGCUUAAGCUGGAGGUGAUGCAAGAACGGCAAAUGGCCACCGCUACCUAUUUGAUCGAUAAGUUUGCCCUUAGAGCCGGUGGUGAAAAGGGUGACGAUGAAGCCGAUACCGUUGGUUGUUGUUCGUUGCGGUUUGAGCACUUGACCUUGCAACCUCCCCACACCGUCAUCUUCGACUUUUUGGGUAAGGACUCGAUCCGGUUCUACCAGGAAGUGGAGGUGUCGCCUCAAGUGUUUAAGAACUUGAGAAUAUUCAAAAAGGCGCCCAAGCAACCCGGGGACGACUUGUUUGACCGCAUCAACCCCACCAUCCUUAAUAAGAAGUUCCAGACUUACAUGAAGGGGUUGUCGGCUAAAGUGUUCCGUACCUAUAACGCUUCCAAGACGAUGCAAGACCAGAUUGACUUGAUUGAGAACGAAGGCACGGUGGCAGAGAAAGUGGUCAAAUUCAACGCUGCCAACCGUACGGUGGCCAUCUUAUGUAAUCACCAGCGUACGGUGCUGAAGAACCACGGGGAACUGGUACAAAAGAUUACCGAUAAGAUCAAGGAGUUGAUGUGGCAGAAGAUCCGACUCAAGAAGAUGAUGUUGCUGCUUGAACCGACUUUGAAGAAGAAGGAGGCCAAGUACUUCCACGAGAUCAACGACAUACUGAAGGAGGACCAGCAACAGAUUGUUGAUCGGUUAAUCGCUCGGCAAAAGGACCAAGCGGAGAAGAAGUUCGCUCGCGACAACGAGAAGCUCAAGCUGGAAAAGAAGCCGUUGCUUGAAAAAUCGGUGUUGAAGGAGCGGAUGGAGAAGAUUGACGAGCAGGCCAAGGAGUACGCCGCCGAGAUCAAGACCGGUGCGGUGGAGCCGAAGGCGAAGGCGACGGUGGAGAAGUUAAAGGCUCAAGUAGAAACGAUCGAACUGCGGCUCCAAACGACCCAGUUGCAGCUCAAGGACAAAGAGGACAACUCCGAGGUGUCGUUGGGCACCUCAAAAUUGAACUACAUCGACCCUCGUCUCACGGUGAUGUUCUCGAAGAAGUUCAACGUCCCCAUCGAGAAGUUGUUCACAAAGACGUUGCGGGAAAAGUUCCAGUGGGCGAUCGAGCUGGCGGACGCGGAUUGGAAGUUUUAA